CGUAAUGUCAAUAGCGUUUCGGAUUUUUGUUUAUUAAACAAGAAAAUUGUGCGACUGUAACAUGUACAUACAGAACUUUCAAAUAAAUCCAAAAUUAGUAUAAUAUGAUUAGCCAAAAAUUAUUAUCUUAUACGUUGUAUUCAAAAUGUCAUAAAUACGUACAAAUUGUGCAGUGUAGAAAUAUUCAAGUGACUGUAAUUGGUGCUGCGAGUGAGAUUGGAAAAAAUGUUGCGCUGCUGCUGAAAUUAAAUAGUCUUAUAACAAGACUACACCUAUACGAUGAUGACAAUACAGUGCACGGUAUUGGUCUGGAGUUAGCACGAACACCUGGUGGGCCCACAGUUACUUCGUUUACAGGAGAUAAUUUUUUACCACCUGCUGUUCGGUAUUCGCGACUUAUUUUAAUGGUAUCUAGAAUACCACGAAAACUUGGAUAUACACGUGAUCAAAUGUUAGCGGCUAAUGCACUACCUGUUCAAAAAAUUUGCCGAACGUUACCCGAGCAUAACCCAGAUGCAUUUUUUGCUAUUUCCUCUAAUCCUAUUAACUCUAUAAUUUCUUUUGCUAGUGCACUUCUAAAUAAUUACAAAACCUUCAAUAAAUAUAGAUUAUUUGGAAUUACCAACAUAGAUACGGCUAGAGCCAGAGCUUUGCUAGGGAAUGCUUUAAAUGUAAAUCCUCGUCAUUUACAUGUGCCAGUUAUUGGUGGUCACUCCGAUAACACCAUUGUGCCAUUAUUUUCUAAUAUAUUACCAAGUCAUUACUCCAUCACACAAAACCAAGCUGAAACGUUAACGCGUCUAUUAAGAAAGUCUGGAAAUGAAGUUUUAAAUCUUAAAGUAGGCAUUGAUGCAGCUACUCUCGCUAUGGCUUGGUCAAUAAAUGAAUUCAUUGAACAUUUGCUGGAAGCUCUAUGUGGAGGUUACUCAAUCGUAAAUAGCUUUACAGCUAAUCCUCAUUUUGGUACAAAAUUUUUCUCAGGUCCUAAUAAAGUAGGCCCAACUGGGAUCAUUGAAACUUGCAGCAGUUUUGUUAUGAGUGAAUAUGAACGCAGUCUUUUGGACCAAGCUGUGCCUAUAAUAAAUCGCGAAGUCGCUCAAGGUGAAGAUUAUAUUCGAGAGAUAGAAGCGAGUAAAUAUUUUUAA